AGCUCCGCUCUGCAAUCGAAUUAGGAAAGGGAAUCCUCUCUGCUAGCUCCAUCCCGCCCCUUGAAAAGGUGGCUUUUCCGCAAGAUGGCGGUGCCCACGAGUGCAGACGACGUGGAAGUGGGACUGGAGUCGGUGUUCCCCCAAGAGCUCGGGCUGUUUGCUGACGCUUUUCCGGUAGAGACCCGUUACCGGUUCUGCGGCCGCGAACUGAGCAUUGCCCAGUAUUACGGGGCCCGAUUGGGUGUAGCUGCCCCGGUUUGGGAGGCGGCUCUAACACUUUGUGAAUAUUUUGAGGCACAGAAGCUGAACUUCUGGGGCAAGAAGGUUAUAGAGCUGGGUGCUGGGACAGGCGUGGUGGGCAUCCUUGCUGCCCUCCUUGGAGGCGAUGUGACCAUCACAGAUCUUCCUAUGGCCCUGAAGCAGAUAGAGGAGAAUGUCCACCGGAACUUGCCUGUGGAGUGCAUGGCUCGAACCAGAGUUUGUGCUCUGUCAUGGGGUCUGGACCAUAAGGGGUUUCCCUCAACAUAUGACUUCAUCCUGGGUGCCGAUAUUGUCUAUCUCAAGGACACUUACCCCUUGUUGAUCAGGACUUUCCAGCAUCUGUGUGGUGCUCAGUCUACUAUCUAUCUGUCUUCCAAAAUGCGUCAGGAACAUAGUACAAGUUUGUUCUUUGAGACUCUGCUCCCUAUGUACUUUACCUCAAAACUAGCCUUUAGGGAUGAGGUCGAGAAUAUUAACAUCUACAAAGUGACCAGCAAAAGUGACACUGGACAGUGAGUUGCUUGGUUUACCAAAGAGUGUGGCAAAACUGCCUUUACCUAUAUAUUUUUUAAAUGGAGGUUUAUUAAUCCAGAAGCCUUAGAGGUGUGAAUCAUCAGUACGUGGUAGCUGUUAUCUGGGGUUCUUUACCCAUCAGUUAGUGAUAUUUCCUAUAACUUCUCUUCAUUUGACUGUUGCAGUACAGCAAAUUCCAGUCUCUCUAAGAGAGGCCACGUCCGAAAAAGGUACUGUUUUGGAGGACGGCUGUUGCCCUCAUGUCCUGCUUGUGGGCUUCCCAAAGGCAUCUGGUUGGCCACUGUGAGAACAGAAUUCUAGACUUGAUGAUACAGCAGGGCUCAUGUUCUUAUGACCUGCAUUUCUACCAUACAUCUUAGCCAUGUCAAGCAGUGCCACUCCCAUUGCGAUGAUUCUCAGGGCCUUCAAUAGGCUUCAUUGAUCAUGUUCACAUGUAAUGGAAAUCCAUAAACCAUAGCUUAGUGUGAACAACAACAUACUAGUGAAUGCAGCGGAAUGAGACCUGUUUUGUUCUGUCAUCCCUGGAGCAAUCAACCAUGAGCCUUACCAACAUAUAUUCUCCCAAAUAAAUCCCAAUUGGGAACUGCGCCUCAUAGUUUGUUGCUCCAGGGAUGGUGGAAUGAAAAUGGGAGCAACUCGGUGGUAUGCACAAAUGCUACUUGUUUAUGGUUUAGGGCUUGCCAUGACAUGCAAACAGGGCCAUUCUUUAAAAUGUCCUGGGUAAAUGCAGAUAUAAAUCUGAUGUUGUGUCCACAGGAGUGCAGAUUUUCCAGGGUGUGGUCUAGCUGGCAGGGACUGCUUGCAUUUUUCCUCCUGGGGAAGCAUUUUAGAACUGUUCAUCUGUAGCACCAAAGAGAAACAUGGGUUCUAGGAUGAGCUCCCAGCUCUAAUGCAUAUGGCAUUUUGACUUUCUUGCUAAGUGGAAUUUGUAGAAAACACUUUUUAAACCUCUAAUAUUGGUCCUUGCUCAAAAAAGAAAAAUAUGUUGAGUGACACCAGGGCAAGUGAACUGAAGUAUUACCACAGUGCAUUAAAAGAUACCAUGAUGCCUUUUCUCAUUUUGAGAUACGUGUUUUCAUAAAAACUUUGUGAUUUCAUAAAAAGAUGGAUAUAAUGUUUCUGCUAGGAUACUAUUAUUUAAAAAGAGGGCUUAACAUUAAAUUAUACAUGACUAUGCACUAUGUAUUUCUACUUUGCAAUAAUGUACCAUUCCAUUCUUAAUUUUCUUAUCUAAAUUAUUUAUAGAUAGCCUUUUCUUUAGGGACCCUUCUUUAGUUCAGUAUGUAUAUUGACAUAAAAAAGCUAUGCAUGUGAAUGCUUUGGGCAAGAUUUCAUUCAAUAUAUUAAUUACAGAAACUGUUUAAAGUAAAUUUCUCUGUCUGAUCUCCCCCCCCCCCAGUCUCAUAACUGCAUUGCAAGUAAAGAUAUCCCAACAUCCAUGAAAAUAUAAAAAUUAUGCAUCUCAAACAGAUGAUUAGCUGAGGGAAAGUUCCUGCAUGGUACUUGGUUUUCUCCUUAUCAGUGCCUAUACUUUGUCAAUGACCAGCUGUUUAAUUGCUUGUAUUACUAAGCAGUUAAUGUAGUUAUUUUUAAGUUCUCAGAGACCUCUGCGUAUCUUCCCAUAUCUAUAUUUUCCUUAGGUUGCCAUCAUGCAUGACGACAGCCAUCCACGGCAGCAGGUGGGCUAGGCACAGCGGGAGGAGAGAGCAUGCAUGGGCAAGCAGGGACAGCAGGGGUGGUGGUGAUGUGGGACCAUGGCUGGCAGCAGGCGAGUGACUGAGGAGGUGGCUGGGCAAACCCAGAGGAACAGUCAGGACAGAGCAGGGCAGCUGUUCUGUGCAGCUGGCCUUAACCAGCCGCCUUCCUCCUCUGCUUCCCUCCUCCGCAUGGGAGAAGGUCUAAAGAGGGGAGGCUUGGAGAGUUUGGUAAGGGUUGGGGGGAUUGGUGUUCCUGGGGUUCGGUGCUGGGGUUGGCAUGUGAAGUGCACAGGGGCAAAAGCCCCUCGUAGUAUGUUAUUAGUCUUUGCAACAACCCAGUAGAGAGUAGGUUGAUCCUCAUCUUGUGUUGCGGUGGGCUGGGGGGAGGAAAGAGUUUAGGGACACUGAGUGUCUCAGGCCACCCAGUAAGUUCAUAGUUAAGCUGAGAACUGGAUCUAGAGGCUUCCUAGCCUGUGUUCUUAACCCCAGAUAUGGGAACUGUAGCGUUGCUCAGUUGCCUUGGGUGUGAUGCUGCUGAAGUCCAGAAAUAGUAGGGAGAAAGACAUAUGAAACAGUAGUUGUGGAAUGAACUAUCUCCAAUAAUCACGGCUUCAAAAGCUUGCUUAAUAUUUCUUCCACAUAAUGUUAAUAUUUUACAGAUUAUUUUGUAGCAAUUCCCACUCUUGACUAACUGUCAUGAGCAACCGUGCCUUACUGCAGAGCCACUCUUGAGUAACAUACGCACCAUAUAUUUAGAGCACUCUUAUACCACUUUAACAAUCAUGGUUUCCUCCAAAGAAUCCUGGGAACAGUAGUUUGUUAAGGGUCCUGAGAGUUGUUAGGAGACGCCUCACAGAGGUGCAAGUCCCAGCACUCUUAACAAAUGACAUUUCCCUGCAUUCUGUGAGGGAAGCCAUGAUAUAUAUUAUAUAGGAUAUUAUAUGAUGAGCUUCCGCCGGGCCUUGAAGAUAUGGCUCUUCAGGCAGACUUUUGGGGUGGGUAUAUUGUGAGAUUUUUAAUGUUUUAAUGUAUUUGUAUGUUUUUAUUUUGUAUGUCGCCCAGAGUGGCUGGACAGCCAGCCAGAUGGGUAACUAAUAAAAUAAAUAAAUAAAUAAAUGAUUAUUAAAGUGAUAUAAGAGUGCUUUAAAUUUUGGUGUGAAUGUGACCUCCUGGGUCAGGGAUGGCUAGAUAUGAGCUAGGUCUGCCCUGCAGCCCUACCAAAAGUUUGGGCAUAGAUUCCUUUGUAGGGCAAAUGAGCGAGUUGGUAUCAUUAUUAGUAGUACUAAUAUUGAUAAGCCUGCAAGAUAGAUAAUGUUUAAUGACUGGAAAAGAAUACAAACUAAAAUAUGUGCCAAGAGCUAAUGCAGCUACUCUCGAUCAGAGAGCUAGAUGGGGUUUAUGUGCGAUCUAGCAAAGCAGAAACACGAUACAGCAAAGAACUAGCAUUGAAAUGUUGUCCUGGCAUGGAAAAAGCUUUACCUGCUUCAUUUCUGCCUGCAAAGCUGCUGUUAAAGGGAACAGCCACCAAAAUGUCUAAUGGAGGGGUGUUGUGGUUUUGUGAAAAAAGAGACUUGCAGUACAAUCCUGUACUUGCCUCCUCAGAAGUAAGCCCCAUGGAGUUCAGUAGGAUUUACUCCCAGGCAAAUGUGCAUAGGUUUGCAGCCAUAAGAGAAGAAGGAUUAAGGAGGGUAUUGAUGGGAAAGCCUCAAGGUGAAACACUGACAGUCCUUUUGUAUGGAAAUGAAUCCUAUUGGUUACUUUAGCUUUCUCUGCCCACCCCUUACCCUUAGGGUGAAAGUGACAGCUACUCAUGGAAUGCGGGGAGAAAUCUUUUAAAGUUUUUCUCAUAGCUGUGACUGGACGGCAGAGUGUCAUCAAUCUCUCUCCUCUCCCCCUUCGAAAUAAAGAGAAAAGUGUGUGGUCUUUCAAAAGCAAGUCUUCUGUAUACAAAGAGUCCAUCGUUACUGUCCCUGUAUUGUAAGGCAGGGGAAGCAGCCUGUGCCAGAGAGGAAAUGGUUUAUUAUAGCCCAGCAAUAUAGUAAGUAUCCUUCCCAAACUGCAAAGGGCGGAGGAGGGUGCACCAUUAACAUAGGAAGCUGCUUUAUCCUAGUCAGACCAUUGGAACACCUAACAGUAUUGUCUACAAUGACUGGCAGCAGCUCUCCAGGGUUUCAGAUGGGACAUUCCCAGCCUUACUUGGAAAUACCAGGGAUUGAACUUGGGACCUUCUGCAUACAAUGCAGAUGCUCAUCCACUAAAUGGUGGCCUUGCCCUGCUGCCCAGGACAAGAAAGAGCGGUUUUUCACGAUCCUUAGAGCAUCAGACAAGGAGCUGGGAGACCAGGGUACAAAUCCCCAUUUGGUCAUGAAGCUCACUGAGUGACCUUUGGCCAGUCACUGUCUCAUAGCCUAACCUAUCUCAUAGGGUUGUUGUGAGGAUAAAAUCGUCUAGGGAGACAACCAUGUUUGUAUGCUACCUUGAGCUCCUUGGGGGAAAGAUGGGAUACAAAUGGAAUAAUUUUUUUAAAAACCAGUGUUAUUAGGGAUAAAUAAUGCAGUGUAGUCCCUCUUGUACAACAGCUGAGGCUGUUAAAUGGCCCUUAAGUGUGCUGCUUGGAAGUUAGGUGAGCAGAUAUGCACAUAUCAGAUUGCUUUCUGUUGUGAUCACCAGGGAUCUGGUCCUCCGUGGUGGUGGGGCAUUAGACCGCUUACUUUUUAAAGAGCAGGGUGUGACGUUCCUGCUUAUAUUGUAAAUAUGGUAAGUGCUGUUUAUAUAGAAGACAUAUGGUACGUGGAGUGAAAGAGGAGGGGGGAGUACAUAAGCAGUAGAAUGUUGGAUGAUUGGCUGAGUGUUUGAAUGGCUGGGAGUAUAAAUGGAAGAAUGACAGUUGAAUCUGGGAGGUGGUGAACUGAGAGGUUGAGAGAGAGGUUGGAGGUGGUGGUGUUGAGAGUGAGUCGGAGUUCUGAGGCAAUUAGCAAAAAGUCAAGUACCUAGCAGAAUAUAGAUGAAACCAUACGCUUGUGAAACAUUCCUUAAGUAAUCUUGUUAUUUCUGAUAUUUAAUAAAUACUUAUUUGGUUUACCAAA